AUGUUGGUUCAAGGAUGGGCAAACUAUUUUGAACGUCUAAUUGGACCAGUUUACCCUCUCUUGGUUAAGGAAUUUUGGACUCAUGCCACUAUUACUCCAACUGCUAUCAUCUCCUUCGUGCUAGGUCAAGAAGUGGUUGUUUCUGAGAAUCUGAUAAGGAAGUUAUACAAUCUUGAAGGUUUGGGUGGAAUUACUAGUGCUCUCCCUAGUAGAACUAAUUGGGAAAAAGUUCAUCCAGAGUUGUUUACUUCUGGAAUAGGAUCACCUCACUCUACAGAUUUGAAGCCUUCAUACAGAGUUUGGGAAAAGAUCAUUCUGGGAUCUUUCUAUCACAGAAAAGCUACAAAUUCUGCAACCUAUAUAAGUCAGGAUCAGCAGUUCAUUCUGUACUGCAUUGGAAAGGGUAUGAGAAUCAACUUGCCUCAUGUUCUGUUCAAUCAUCUGUGUACUCAUGUAACAGAAUCAAGGGAAGCAGAACGUUUGAAGUAUCCCAAGAUUAAGAAGAAUACCAUUCCCAUGGGAAGAUUGAUAUCAGACAUUCUGACUGAGAGUGGUUUGAUAGAUACUCUGAGAGCAGCUGGCUCUAUUCAAGAUCUGACUGUUGUUCGUGGGAGUAUUUUAACUGCUCAGUCCUUGAGAAGAAUGCAGUUAAUUCAAAAGGUGACCACCACUCCUAAGGAUUUUCCUGAUAUUCUGACUAGAAGAACUCCUGUUGCUGAUUUCCCUCAGAUGUUCAAGGCAGAACUAUCAAAAUCUGUUCAACUAUAUCUGGAAUCUUAUGAGUUAAAGAAAAAGGAUAAGAAGAAGAAACAGAAGAAGCUGAAGAAAAAGGUCACAGAAGAAGCUCCUGCUGCAAAGAAAGCCAAGAAGCAGAAGAAACCUUCAGCUGUUGGCAAGCUCUGGAGAGCUUUUGGUGAGGAGAUACAGGCUGACUUUCUAGAUCGCCAGAAAGAUUGCUUAGCUGCUGCUCCUGGUCCUUCUGGAUUCUUUUUGGAGUAUGAUGAUGGGCUACCUUCUGUAGGAACUUCUGCUGAAGAUAUUCCUGUUGAGGAAAAUCAUGAAGAUGUUCAAAUGGUUGAAGCUAAUGCUUCUCAUCCUGUUCUGGAAAAUAGUUUAGAUGCUUCUUCUGCUGACCCUUCUGUCUCUACUUCGAAACCUCCGGUAUAUUCGAAGCGAAAAGCUUCUCAAACAGUUGUUUCAGACGAUGAAGACAAAUCUCCUCCUCGCACCAGGCAAGGACACAAGAAAAGACAGAAGGCUGUCACUCCUUCAGGCAAAGAAAAGGGGUCUGGUUCUUCGAAGAUUACUUCGCCAAGUGAUAAAGUGUCUUCUGAAGAGUCACCCCUGAAAGCCACUAGUAAUGCCCUUGUUGUGGAAAGCCAUAACUCAAGUCCAGAUAAUAUUCCAGCCAAGGACGAUGCUGGCACAGCUACUUCCAAUCUUAAGGCUUUCGAUCUCGCCAUUGACUUUGAUAAUCUCCAAAAUCUUUCUCAAUACCAAUCUCACGUGCUCUCCCCAGUCCUCGAAGAUACUCAACCUCUUGCAACUAUCAUUCCUACUACGGUAGUUGAAGAAAGCCAUUCAACUGACGAUUCUCCUCCUACUCAUACGAAGGACAAUAUGGGAGAAGAUCGUCAGGGUUCAGGUAGCGUCAAUACAGCUGAACAACCAACUGGUAGUGAAGAUAUUGUGUCUGAAAAAAAUGAUAUGGAAGAAACCUCCAAAUUGGCCAAAACCGAUCUUCACGAAACUUCGACCUUUGGGACCCUCGAAACUUCUCCAGCUGUUCAGACAGAAUCUGGUGACAAAGAGGAUACUUCUGGUGUUCUUCAUUAG